GGAAGUAGUCUUAACCAUUACAUGUGAUGCUUGACAUCAACUCAUUGUUAUUGACUAUCCCAACUUGUGUUAAUGAUAUUUGAUUACAAUGAGAAAUACAUACCUGUGCCUCUCUUGUAGCAAUAAGAAAUUAGUAUUCUAGUUUAUUAUUAAUAAAUAAAAAUGUUCAUUACACUUUGGAAAUCUUACAAUGUUAAGUAAAUAAUGUUUUAGUUAUACGAGCAUGUGUACAGGGAAAUUUACUCUACUCCACUAAAUUAUGAAAUAAAACUUUUAGUAUAAGUUUGUUCUUUGUUUCAGAUUCAAUGUCAUAGCUGUUGGAAGCAGUUAUAACUGAGGACACAAUUAAUUUAUUUAUCAUGUGUGCAUCAUGCAAAUCAAAAUGUUACAAGUGUUUAAUUUUUCAUUAAACAUAAGUGAUGUACAUCAGAUUUUCCUAAUGCAAUUUGCUUCCACGAUAGACUUUUCUGUGAUCAGAAUAUUGGCUCAUUUAUUUGCUAUUAGAUAAUACUUGGUAUUUGCAUUAAAUAUCUAUUAGUGAAUGGUGUUUGUUUAUAACUCAUUUAGACAAAAUAGAAUUAUGUAUGCUAUAAAAAGUUGUGUAACAAGUAAAAUUUUAAAUUAUAAAUAUUAUUAACAUUGGUUUUCAUUUAGUUUAUAUUCCAUGCAAAAGUGAUUUAUUAUGAUUAGCCAAAUUAUUUAUUAUAGAUUCAUAGUAUUGGCAAAAAUGUACACUUUUACACAUUGUGGCUAGGCUACAAGUAAAGAAGGAAAUAAAACUGUUCUCUUUGCAGCUAUACUUGUACAUGAGUGCCACUGGAGGAAUAAAUGGCAACCCAAAGUGAAAACCCAUAUGAGUGUUCACUUUGUAGCUAUUCUUGUACUAGAAAUAGUAACUUGAAGAAACAUAUAUUAACUCACACAUGUGUAAAACCUUAUACAUGUUCAAUGUGUAGAUAUGCUACUUCUAGAAACAGUGCCUUGAAGAAACACAUGUUAACUCACACAGGCGAAAAGCCUUGUAAGUGCCCCCUCUGUAACUAUGCCUGUACUUCAAAUAGUGAUUUGAAGACUCAUAUAUUAACUCACACAGGUGAGAAACCGUAUAAGUGCUCCGUGUGUAGUUAUGCUAGUUCUAGAAGUCAUACCCUGAAGAGCCAUAUGUUAACUCACACAGGAGAAAAACCGUAUAAGUGUCCCCUGUGCAGCUACGCUUCUGCACAAAAUUAUGACAUGAAGAAACAUAUAUUUAAACACACAGGUGAAAAACCUUUUACUUGUUCCCUGUGCAACUAUGCUUGUACUGAAAGUGGCGCAUUGAAGAGACAUUUGUUAAAACACACAGGUGAAAAACCUUUUACUUGUUCCCUGUGCAACUAUGCUUGUACUUAUAGUGGCUCAUUGAAGAGACAUUUGUUAAAACACACAGGUGAAAAACCUUUUACUUGUUCCCUGUGCAACUAUGCUUGUACUGAAAGUGGCUCAUUGAAGAGACAUUUGUUAAAACACACAAAUGAAAAAACUACGAGUAUGUAAAGGCCAUGUCACACUGCCGUGGCGUCGCGUCCGUCCAUCCAUAGUAUGAACGUCCGCGUAUGCCGCGACGGUCUCGAGUCCCGUCAAACUACCAGACACGCGUCCGCGGCCAACGCCACGUCUUUCUAGGAGUUGCUUAUGCAUUUCAACUACUUUGAAUUUGUUUAGUUAUACACUGAUAGUGGAAUGAAUAGUUUGUUAUAGGUCUACAAAAUUAAUUUAUUGUUCUGGAGCGUAUUCAUUAAUAAUUAUUAUUAUCAAAAUUAUAUUUUCAUUAUUACAUGCAAUACUAUUUCUAUUAUGAACUUAGUAAUUAGGG